CUCCAACUUGCAUUUCUCUACUGGCUACGGUGCUUGUACUGGCCCCACACACUUGCCUUCAAUCACAGUAGAUUAUUCCCUCCAAUAAUUCCUCCUCCACUGAUUGGCCAUUACGACUCCAGUGCUCUGCCUGGUGCUUUUUCUCGGGCAAAUCCCCCAUGGCGUCCACGGCUGGACUCCAAACUUCCCACGGCCACUGGUUCAACACCACCCUCACAUCCUCCCAAUCCCACCUUGGCUUCCGCUCCUCCUUCCCGCGUCCUCCAGCUGGGGAUUUUUUGGAGCGUUCUCCUCCUCGUUGCCGCCGACGAUGCUCGCAUGCGGUGGCGGCGAAGAUCGUGGUGGAGAAGCUGGGGCAGGGAAGGUCUGUUGGACCUUCUCUGCCGGUGCCUGGACGAAGCCGCGAUGGCUUCUUGGCGCGGCGGGGGCGUCAGCAGCCUGCUGCCGCUCCCUGUGGCAGCGCCGUGGAGGGAGCGGGUGCGGCCGCCCCAGCAACCGAUCGCUUCGCGAAUACCUUGACCAGCCUCCCUAAGCCUGGUGGUGGAGAGUAUGGCAAGUUCUACAGCAUUCCUGCACUGAAUGAUCCAAAGGUAGAUAAGCUUCCCUACUGUAUCCGCAUUCUUCUAGAAUCAGCCGUCCGCAACUACGAUAACUUCCAAGUUACGGAGAGUGAUGUCCAGAAUAUCAUCGACUGGGAGAAGACAUCCCCAAAGCUUGCCGAGAUACCAUUCAAGCCAGCACGGCUUGUUCUUAUGGACAACACUGGCGGCCCAGCUGUUGUAGAUCUUGCAGCCAUACGAGAUGUGAUAGCGGAGCUAGACAGUGAUCCCAAAAAGAUCAAUCCACUGGUUCCGGUGGAUCUCGUCAUUGAUCACUCAGUGCGGGUGGAUGUAGCCAAGUGUGCCGAUGCAUUGAAACAAAACAUGGACCUGGAGUUUAGCCGCAACAAAGAGAGAUUUAGUUUCUUCAAAUGGGCGUCAUCUGCUUUCAACAAUAUGCUGGUUCUGCCCCCUGGUUCUGGGAUCCUUCAUCAAGUCAAUCUUGAGUAUCUUUCCAGGGUUGUAUUCAAAGCAGACGGUGUCUUGUACCCUGACAGCGUGGUUGGCACUGAUUCACACACCACAAUGAUUAAUAGUCUCGGUGUUGCAGGUUGGGGAGUGGGUGGUAUCGAAGCAAUGGCCGCAAUGCUUGGGCAGCCAAUGAGCAUGGUUUUACCAGGUGUGGUUGGAUUCAAGCUGACCGGAAAGUUACAGGAUGGUGUCACUACUACAGACCUUGCCCUUACUUUGACCCAAAUGCUAAGGAAGCAUGGUGUUGUUGGCAAAUUUAUUGAAUUUUACGGUGAGGGUGUGGGCAGCAUCCCUUUGCCUGCUAGAGCCACAAUCGCAAACAUGACUCCGGAAUAUGGCGCUACCAUGGGAUUUUUCCCUGUAGAUCAAGUGGCAUUAGAUUACCUCAGACUAAUAGGGCGAAGUGAUGAAACAGUAUCAAUGAUUGAAGCAUAUUUGCGAGCUAACAAGAUGUUUGUAGACUGCAAUGAGCUUCAAACGGGACCAGUUUACUCUUCAGAUCUUGAGCUGGACCUUACUACGGUGGAGCCUUCUGUUGCCGGCCCAAAGAGGCCUCAUGACCGGGUUCCUUUGAAGGAGAUGAAAUCUGAUUGGCAUACUUGCCUGGGCAAUGAGGUUGGUUUCAAGGGUUAUGCAGUGCCUAAGGAAGAACAUAAUAAAAUUGUGAAAUUUGACUUCUAUGGACAACCCGCUGAAAUCACACAUGGCAGUGUGGUUCUUGCAGCAGUAUGCAGUUCCACAAACUCAUCAAAUCCUAGCGUUAUGAUCGGUGCUGGCCUUGUGGCAAAAAAAACAUGCGAAUUGGGUCUUGAGGUGAAGCCAUGGGUUAAGACAAGCCUGGCCCCUGGAUCUUUGGUUGUCACCAAAUACUUGGAACACAGUGGCCUUCAAGAAUAUUUGAACCAUCAAGGCUUCCAUCUUGUCGGAUAUGGUUGUACCACUUGUAUCGGCAACUCCGGCGACCUUGAUAAAUCUUUAUCAGAUGCUAUUGUAGAUAACGAUGUUGUUGUUGUUGUUGCUGUGUUGUCGGGCAACCGUAACUAUGAGGGUCGUGUGCACCCUCUAACUCGAGCUAACUACCUCGCCUCACCACCUCUUGUUGUUGCAUAUGCUCUUGCUGGCACCGUUGACAUUGAUUUUGAGAACGAACCUAUUGGAAUUGGAAAGGAUGGCAAGGAGGUUUACUUCAAGGAUGUAUGGCCCACAAAUGAAGAAAUCGAGCAGGUUAUCAAGUCCAACGUGUUGCCGAAGAUGUUCGUGGACACGUAUGAUUCCAUCACGGAGGGCAACGAUGCAUGGAACAAAUUAGUGGUCCCGAAAGAGACGCUCUACCCGUGGGAUCCGAAAUCCACCUACAUCCACAAGCCAGCGUACCUGGAAAAUAUAACCAUGACCCCGCCCGGCCCGCCCUCAGUGAAGGAUGCCUACUGCCUACUAAGCCUGGGGGACAGCAUCACUACCGACCACAUCUCUCCCUCGGGGGUCAUCAAGCCAGGAACCCCUGCCGCCAAGUAUCUGCUGGAGCGCGGCGUGAAGCCUGAGAACUUCACCACAUAUGGCAGCCGACGUGCCAAUGACGAGAUCGUUGUGAGAGGGGCAUUUGCCAACAUUAGGAUUGUGAACAAGCUUUUGGAGGGAGAGGUGGGGCCUAAAACUGUCCAUGUCCCUACGGGGGAGAAGCAUUACGUUUUCGACGCUGCCAUGAAAUACAAGUCGGAGGGUCAUGACAUGGUCAUUCUUGCCGGUGAUGAGUAUGGAGCCGGGAGCUCGCGUGAUAGUGCCGCCAAGGGGCCAUUGCUCCUGGGCGUCAAGGCAGUGAUCGCUAAGGGCUUCGAGCGCAUCCACCGGAGUAACUUGGUGGGGAUGGGGAUCAUCCCUCUCCGCUUCAAGGCUGGCGAGGAUGCAGAUUCACUCAACCUCAGUGGGCAUGAGCGUUUCACGAUCGACCUCCCUGGCAAGAUUACCGAGAUCCGUCCAGGCCAAGAUGUGAUCGUUACGACACAAAAUGGGAAAUCCUUCACUUGCACACUUUGCAUUAACACACAGGUGGAGCUGGAAUACUUUAACCAUGGAGGCAUCCUCCCCUACCUUAUUCGCAAAUUGGCAUGACUGACCGAUGAACUACAUUUAAAUUGUAUUAUCUAUAUGCAAUGUCAUGAUUUUAUUCUUUAUAAAUUGAUUACUUGUACCCCUUGAUUCCGUUUUGACUUUCAUUUUUUUAACAAAUUUGUGACGAAACAUUUGAAAAGACAGAGUGGAGCUUCGAUAAUAAUUAAGAGGGGACAAUUUACUUGAU